GCUCCCCCGGACACAUUGACAGAAGAACACCUUUCUGUUUAGGUUCUCACAUGUGUAGCCAGCAAGACCGGUGGCUAAAACUAUUUGAUCGCAUUUUCCGUUUACCUCUCAAACAAGAUGGUGAAGAAACGGUCGAGUGAAGAUGUGGAUGAGUCCAAAACCCACGCGAAGAAAGGAAAAGUAUCUGAGACAGCAGAGUUCAAUGGAACUGUUUUUAAAGCCAUGUUGAAGGAGCCGACCAAGGCAAUGAAGGGCUUGGAUUCAUUCGUCACGACGGCGAAGAAGCUGCCAUGUCCUGACCUGUAUGACGUUGUUGAGGGAUACAUCAAGAUCUCCAUGGAGUGUUCUGAGAUCUUCAAACUGCUGGAGGGAGACAAGCAGACGGAGAGUGAAAUGAUGUUGAUUUUCCAGAGUUUGGAGAUGAUUCUGCUGCGUACGGCCAGUGAUCUCUCUCAUUUCAGCAUGGUGGGAUUCACUAUAGUAAAGAAGGCCGUUUCCAGCUAUAUGAAACUCAUACAGACAUCCCUACACUCAGAAAACCACAGGUUUGUCCGUCACUGCCUGAGUUUCCUGUCAGCCAUGGUAUCCCAGGGAGCAGACACAGCCAGGGAAGUCUUCAGCCACUUCCACUUCACUAAAGGCCUGUCUGCUUUGGCCAAGAGGAAGGAUAAGAUGGGUAGACCUGAUGUCCGCAUGGCUUACACCCAGUUUGCCCUCUCCUUCCUGGUCUCUGGUGACAACGUUACUAUUGGACAACUGCUGGAGAUGAAAGAUUUCCUGCCAGACAUUCUAAGCAGUGGACUGAAGGAGGAUCGUAUCUCCACUGUCAACCUGAUUCUGUCUACUCUGCAGACUAAGGUGGUCCAGAGACAAGCCAUCAGUAAGACCCAGAAGGUGCGUUUCUUCACUCCGUCUCUCCUGGCCCAGAUUGCAUCUCUCUACAGGUGGAAUGGCAUUGUGGAUGCAAGCACAGACGACAGCAAGAUGGCGGAGAACGCAGAGGAAGCAGGGAAGAUGGUUGUGAGGAAACUGGUUCACAACUUCCUCCUGAAUCUAUGCUGCUCCCGGAAACAUGGCAUCAGUUUCUACGACCCCAGCUUUGGAACGGCUGGCAGGGCUGGUAACAUUGUGCUACUGCAGUUUGUGGUGGGGCUGAAGCAGGCUACAGAGGACGACCUGGUGUCUGAUCUGAUGGUCAACAUACUGAGGGUCAGUCCUGACAUCUUGCCCAGGUUCUUCAAGGAGACACAGUACUCCUUCAUCCCUCGCCUCAAAUCUGCCUGGACGGACAACAUCACUCUGCUCAAGAAGAUCUACGAGUCUCAGCCAGAGGUGUCCAAGGCCUUCCAGACCAGAGAGGUUGUCCCUCUGCCCCGCCUCCUGUCCAUGGUGCUGGUGACAUCACUUCCUCCCGUCUGUAACAAGGCCUUCUUCACGCAGGGCAUCAACUUUACCAACGCGGUGGUACAGCACACGACCCUGUCCCUCAUGUCGUUCCUUCUGAAGAGAGCUCAGGGGAACAUAGAGUUGUGUCUGGACCGCUCUGUGUGGCUCGCCUCUGAUCUCUACACACCAGCCACCAUGCAGGACUUCACACAGCAGUACAGGGAGGCACUCGGCAAGGUUCUACCGGACAUGACCAGCAUCGUGUCCAAAUGGCAGUCACUGACCAAGAAGGAGACAGGAGGGAAGGAAAGGAAGAAGGAAGGAGGAGAUGUCAAAGAGGACGCGACUAAAGUUGAACAACCCGCCCUGUCAGGCCCCGAGUCUCCAGAGGUCAUCGUCCUGAAAGCCCUCAUCCUCCAGGUCAUGUGUCUCUACCAGAAAGUAGUGCCUCACCUGGUUAGCCAGAGCAAGUUUGACUUCAGCAAGCUGCUCAAAGGUAUCGUGUCAGAGAAAGGUAUGAGAGAGGAGGUCCAUCCAGUCCUUCAACACCAGAUAUUACAACUGGCCCUGGACCUGCCGGCCAGCAAGUUCUCUUGGUUCAGAGUUCAGGAUCACGUGGAGACGGGCUCUGGGGAGAAGUCUGUGUUCUUCCUGCUCCUCAAGAUGUUUGUGAGCAGCAACAACAGCCACCUGAAAAUGUCCACCAGGAAACUGGUGGUGAAGGUGCUGAAGGACAGUGGAGUGUUUGAGUACACCUGGUCUGAGCUGGAGCUGUGGCUGAAACACCUGGACAGACUACAGACAGAGCAGCAGGACACGGUUAUACACUUCCUGGAGAGGGUGCUCAUGUGUCUGGUGUGUAACCCCUACACCUACACAGACAAGGUGGCCAGUCUUGUCCAGGAGGCAGCCUACCUACAGGCCAAUCUUAGCGGACAGGACGGAGACACCGCCAGCAUCCCCAUCUCGCACAUAGACGACGUGCUGGACAUGGUUGAUGUGAUCAUGGAGGGCAGCGAGGGGGAGACCGAGGAGCUGGGCCCGGCGCUUAGUGAUGACCUCAUCCUCCAGACCUUCCCUUUCAGUGCCGUGGUACCUGCUGUCCUGGAGGCCAGGAACAAACUACCUGCUACCUACAGAACGGAGAAAGGUGUAAUAUACGACUACAUGGCCACAGUCCUGUGUGACGUGCUCCACUGUCAGAGAGACCCUCUGCCUCUCAGCCUGGCUCUUCUACAGUACGACAAAGAGCUGAACUCCUCUGAAGAUCCUGGGCCUCCCCAUCACUCCAUCGUUCACCUACAUCACUACUACACAACAUGGCUGCCCCAACAGGCCCGGGAACCUCUGUUCCAGUCCUGUGAAAGCCCUUUCCAAGCCUCUCCUAGUCCUGUGACCUUCACUGGUCUACUGAAGACGGCCUACACCCAGGGGGCCUCUGCCCUGCUAGAGGACUCCUUCCGACGGAGACUGGAGAAGAGUCUGGUCACUAUGGAGAUGGCAGAGUAUCCCGUUGCAGCCAAGCAGAUCCUAUUGUACAUCAGAACCACUGUGGACAACUGCAGCAUGCCCAUGGUCGAAGGAGAGACUGAGCCCAUGGUCGAAGGAGAGACUGAGCCCAUGGUCGAAGGAGAGACUGAGCCCAUGGUCGCUGAUCAGAAGGCAGCGGAGACAGCAGAAACCAUGGCUGUGGAUCCCAAGGUGGCGGCGGAGACGGAGCCUAUAGCUAUGGACCAGGACACAGCCACUGUAGUAGAUCCAGCCAAGGCAGCAGAACCCAAAGCUGUGGACCUCUCCGAAUGGAUCAGAGCUCCUCCUGGAGGGAGUCUUCGUACCAAUAUCAAACAGAAAGGAGGACCAAGACUCCGCGUCCUUCGUCAGGGAGUCUUCAUACCAAUAUCAAACAGAAAGGAGGACCAAGACUCCGCGUCCUUCGUCAGGGAGUCUUCGUACCAAUAUCAAACAGAAAGGAGGACCAAGACUCCGCGUCCUUCGUCAGGGAGUCUCCAUACCAAUAUCAAACAGAAAGGAGGACCCAGGAGGACCAAGACUCUGCGUCCUUCAUCAGGAAGUCUUCGUACCAAUAUCAAACAGAAAGGAGGACCAAGACUCCGCGUCCUUCGUCAGGAAGUCUUCAUACCAAUAUCAAACAGAAAGGAGGACCAAGGAGGACCAAGACUCAGUGUCCUUCGUCAGAGAGUCUUCAUACCAAUAUCAAACAGAAAGGAGGACCAAGGAGGACCAAGACUCCGCGUCCUUCGUCAGGAAGUCUUCAUACCAAUAUCAAACAGAAAGGAGGACCAAGGAGGACCAAGACUCAGUGUCCUUCGUCAGAGAGUCUUCGUACCAAUAUCAAACAGAAAGGAGGACCAAGACUCAGUGUCCUUCGUCAGAGAGUCUUCAUACCAAUAUCAAACAGAAAGGAGGACCAAGGAGGACCAAGACUCCGCGUCCUUCGUCAGAGAGUCUUCGUACCAAUAUCAAACAGAAAGGAGGACCCAGGAGGACCAAGACUCAGUGUCCUUCGUCAGAGAGUCUUCGUACCAAUAUCAAACAGAAAGGAGGACCAAGGAGGACCAAGACUCAGUGUCCUUCAUCAGGGAGUCUUCAUACCAAUAUCAAACAGAAAGGAGGACCAAGGAGGACCAAGACUCAGUGUCCUUCGUCAGAAGUCUUCAUACCAAUAUCAAACAGAAAGGAGGACCAAGACUCCGCGUCCUUUGUCAGGGAUUCUUCGUGGUGUUGUCAGUGCUGAGGUCCAUCCUGAAGCACCCGUGUAUCGAGCAGUGGUUCCUGUCUCUGGAGUUGUCCUCUGUCCCUCCUACCUCCCUCAACCCCGUCAGGCUGAAGCUGCUGUGUGCUCAACUGUCUGACUGCAUCCUGGGUCUAUUACAGUCCUCUGCCUCCGUCCUUCGACCCCUGAACUCCCUCCAUCUCCUCUCCCCCUACCUAGAGGCUGUAUCAAGGGCUCUGCUCAGAGAACUGGGGGAGACUGGGGAGAGGAGGGAGACCGACAAGGAGUCCCGGCCUGUGAGAGCCUUCAUGGCCUUGCAUGCCUACAUGGAACCCUCUCUCCUCCAGGAGCUGGUCUCUUCCCUUCUCCUCCUCCCCAAGGAGGCGCUCAUCACCCCGGGGGAGGGUGACUGGGAGGGAGAGGAGGACAGAGAGAAGAGCCCCAGAGCAGCAGAGCUCAGUGUCUACGGACGCACGGCUCUACAGGUCCUCACUGAGACCUCCUCCGACGCCUCUUCAUCUGGCUCCCCUAUCCUCCUCCUCUCCCAGGCUCACCUCCAAGGUCUGGCCACCCUGCUCCUCUCCUGCUCCAGCCCAUCUCUGGAGACCUUCCUCCUGCAGGCCCUGAGGACCCAGCCAGGCAACGCUAAACUCCUCCACACUGACAUCCUCCUCCACUGUCUCCAGGGGCCUCUUACUGCAGCCACCCAGGCCCUCGGGGUAGCUCUGCUGCAGAACUGCUCUGCUCACAGGCUCUGCUUCGAGGUGUGGUGCCUGCAGCCGCAGCACCUGGAGAAACUGUCAGACCAGACGGAGACAUUCCUACCGCUGGUCAACAGUUACCUGCAGACUGCAGCCAGAGAGGACCCCGCCAGGCCUAAAGACGUUCAGACAGCGGUGCUGAAGGCCCUGAAGAAGGCCCUGUUCCCCAGGCUGAGCCUCUCUGUGCUGGGGCAGGAGACAGGGGAGGCCCUGGGAGCUGUGGAGGUUGUGGAGGCUCUGUCUAGUCUGGUUAGACUGACAGCUAAGGUCAGGGACAUCAGAGAGCUCAUCGCCUCCCUGCCAGCUGCCCUGCAGAAACUAGACGGCUUUGAGAGAUGGCAGCUGGUGGACCCCAUCAGUGCUGUGCUGUCUGUCUGUCCCGAGGAGCUGGAGUUGUGGAGGACUUCGGUGCUCUCUGCCGCCCUCCGGUGGCUGAGCUCUUCCUACGGUCACAACAGAGACCAGAACACGGCACCACUCACACAGGAGGACAGCAUACUCAAUAGACUGACUGUACUGCUGACUUUUCCAGAAGACAUCACAGCAGCAGAAUGGAACAGCUUUGUCAAGGCUGGACUGAAGUGUCGCUACAGAGACCCUAACUUCCUGAGCACCCUAAACAGGAUGUUGGAUCUGAUGUAUGGAGAUAGUGAAGGACCUAAAGACCUGGUUCCUCUACCUACCAUCCACAUGAUGGCCUCCAGCCACUCCCUGUUCCUACCCAUCAUGCUGGGAGACGAGGAGGACCUUAGUGGGAACACACAGGUUAAAGAGGCCCUGGUCUCUCUCCUGCUCACCCUAGUGAAGAGAAGUCCUGCUGUCUGUAGCAGCAGCCACUUCGUAGUCCUACUGGGAGGAUACGGCGCUACUCUCAGUACUACAGAUCAGAAUCUGUUACUGCUGCUGCAGGAGUACGAACGAAACGGCAUCAGUCUGGUAGACUUUCAGUGCAUGCUUUGGGGCCCAGCGGCGGUGGAGCACCAUAAGGCCCGGAGAAGCCUGGGAGUUUCCUUGUGGCAGCAACCCAGCUCUGAGGACCUGCUGGCUCUGCUCAGCCCUGACACCAUGAUCAACACCAUCACUCAAUUCCCCCUGCAACGCAGGAUCAUCCUACAGGAGGGUAAAGAGCUGAUUUUCAAAGAUGAGGAAGUGAAGGAUCUUGGGAGUGUGUACGACCCUUGUUUCCUCCUGCCUCUCUUCAGCGCCAUGCUUCAGCCAGAGUCUGUGAUCGACUGUCUGAAGUUUGUGUCGAGUCACGGCCUUGGUGUGACGAUGGUGUCCCUGAGUAGUUACGACCCCAAGCUGAGGGCAGCGGGCUAUCAGGUCCUGGCUUCAUACCAGCAUCAUCUGGAGGCUGCUCGCUUCAGAGAGAAGAGACAGCUGCUGUACCUGCUGGACAUGGUAAAGAAUGGGAUCCGACAGCAGAACCCCAGAAUGCCCUUCGUUCUGACCACGUACAUCGCUAAGGUGGCCCGGCAGAUGCUGAAGCCAGAGGGGCACAUGUACGUGGUAGUGAACCGGUUCCUGCUCUCCCAUCAGUGUCUGGACUUCAGAAGGGUUCCAGAGUUCUUCAAACUGUUCUACAGCUGUGACAUGGAGCACAAAAUGGAGAGGGAGUGGAUUCUGUCUGUCCUCGAGGAGGGCCUGAAAGACAGACAAUGUUAUGAUCUGCUGGACCAGCAGGGGAUCUUUCAGACGCUGCUAGGAUUCUGUUGCAGUCCACUCUGUGACCAACACACUCAGACUCUGAUAGUGAGAGUCCUGCACCAGGCUGGUCGUGUGACCAAAGCAGCCUACAACCUGACCAAGGGCCACGGGCUCCUCACCUGGAUUCUGCAGCUGCUGGAGAGGAGACAUGUAGACCAGGGUCUGCUGAGUGCUGUGGUGGAGCUGCUCCAUGUGCUGUGGUUCACCAACCUGGGACAGAAGGAGACCCGAGGUGAGGGAGCCUCCUCUUCCUCAUCCUCUUCCUCCACUGCCAAUGAGGACAAACCCCAGGGACACAGCACUCCAAAGGUUCUCCCUCUACCCCUCAUCAGCCAGUUCCUGUGUGUGGCCACCACCAUCAUCAGACAUUUGAGGCUGGUGAAGGCACGUCAGCUGAGUCUCUAUCUCCAGACUCUGAGCUCCAUCCUGCAGCAUAGUGGGACAGCUCUGGGGAUCCACGGGGAGGCUGGCUGGCUGACCUUACGACCCCAGGCUCUUUCCUCCCAAGACGCCCUCGCCCUCCUCCACCGCUGGAGCACGCUGACCCACAAUGCACCGCUCCUCAGCCAGCUGCAGACUGUGGCGGAGAAACACAAAGUCAAGGAGCUGCUGGGGUCGGGCAGGGAGAAAGGCAGAGGGAGAAGCUCCUCUGUCCAGGCCCGUUCUCACUCCCGACCAAAGGAACAGGAGGAGGAAGGAGAGGUAGAGAGACGAGAGGAGGAGAAGACUCUGUUGGAGAAGUGUAUUCCUCACCUCAGGAAUAUCUUUACCCACUGGGAGCCUGUCUCUCUUGCCUGUCCCCCCUCUUCCCCCGCCAGCCCACUUCCCUCCUCUGACGCCCAUACUCCCACCUCCACCCCCCUGGCUAACACCACAGCCCAUCUUCUCACCAGGUGGUUCCUGAACUCCUUGGUAGAGGGAGCCUCUACCUACGAGGACAAAAGGACAGUCCACUUCCUUCGCUGGUUCCAGAAGACUGUCCUGUCUCAUAGAUUCAUAGUGGACCUGGUGCUGGCUGACCCUGCUGUGAGAGUGGACCUGCUCCGUCUAUAUCACCAGGCCUGUGAGCCCCAGACCCAGGCCCAGCCCCAGGCCCAGGCCCAGCCCCAGACCCAGAUCUCUUCCAGGGUAGAACGCGUCCAGCUGUUCACCAACAUUAUGAUCCAGCUCCUGGAGUUCAGAGGCUGCACUGAGAGUGACCUGCACAGGGCCGUGCUCACAGCAUGCUCCCUAGGAACAACAUGUGAUGACCAGACCACAAAGGAAGGUCUGAUGUUGCUGUCUCUGUACAUCCAUGAGAUGUGGAGCGGAGCGAAGAGCCCAGAGCUGUUCCUGAACCAUGUCAGGUUGGCGAAUGAGAUCCAGGGCUCUACAGGAACCAAGGACCAGAAGAAGAAGUCCAAACGACGUUCCCAGACACAAACAGAACACCUCAGAACCAUCUGUAGUGACCUCCUCUCAGGACUGCAGUCUACUGUUGCACCAUAGGGGUUAAAUAGCUGUGGCAUUACAUUACACCCUAUUGAGUAUGCUAUUUCUUAACCAGGGCCCGUGGUCUCUGGUCAAAAAGUAGUGAACUACACUGAGUGUACAAAACAUUAAGAACACCUGCUCUUUCCAUGACAUAGACUGACCAGGUGAAAGAUAUGAUCCCUUAUUGGGUGGCACCUGUUAAAUCCAC